AUGCCAAGGUCCACUGGCAUUCCCACCGCCCUUCGACCAUCACAAUCAAGAGACAAUCUGGCUGCAGCACCCGAGAUUAAGCCCUCCCGCUUGCGACCAGCUGCUUCUAGGGAACGCCUGGCACCCCCUGCCUCUGCCUCAGGAAUAAGCAACACCACCAACGAACCCUCGCCCACAGCAUCCAAGAACUCGCCCUUUGCGCGCAGCCUUCCAAGACCUCGUCCAACCUCGAGCCUCCCGACCUUCAGCCCCCAGCCCAAACUCCCAAAGGCCUCCAGCAACAGCAAUGGCAAUGGCUUGUCAAGAAUACCCCCGCCUCGAGAUCGCAUGGCAUCAUUGCCGGAAGAUGAGGGCUCACCUCGAGAAUCCCAAACCUCCAGGCUGCCCGGCCCGGGGCUGAGGAGGAAGUCGUCGGCGCAAUGGAUCUCUUCUUCACAAUCGGCAUCAGCUAGGCAAAGGAGUACUAGUGUUUCGACUUUGUCAAAUGGUUACGCGUCGAGCGACUCAUUCUCCCAGAACAGCCCUAUAGGCGAAGACAACGAUGGUGCGGGGGACGAAACAAUACGGGCAAAGACCUUGAAAGCACGACCAUCAUUGGCGGAACGGACGGUUCAAACUCUGUCACGGUUGCCCUCCACACCUUCACUAAGGGGAAGGGCUUCUAAUUCGAACUUCUUCGAGCUGGAACCACACAGGUCGGCGUCGAGGCCUGCUAGUCGCGGUUCUCGCCCUGGGUCGAGUCUGAGAAACGAAAACCCAUAUCCAGCCUCCUCGAAGCCUUCUCUGAGCAGGCCAGGAUCCAGUUCUGGCCCUCUUCAAGACUUGUCAAAUCCUUUCAACCCGCAGCUACCAUCCUUUGACAAUUCGCCGUCGCGUGGACGACGGAUUAGCAGCUUGCGGACGCCAUCUACAUCAGGCUUACGAGAACCUUCAAGAUCCAAAAUUGCAGGUUUACAACGGCCUCGUUCGACUACACCAAAUACAGAGGUGCCAAGCCUGGCCCCCGAAACGCCAGUGGAUAACUCCAAGACUUUGUCUACUCGUACAAUUCAGCCUAGGCCUUCUGUGAAUGGCCUCUUCAAGAAACCGGCCUUGCCAGCUGCCAAGAAGCCGGCAUCAAUAUCAUCAGCGCCUAACAAGGCGAAGACAGCAUCCCUAAAAUCCCCAGCAACCGUGUCGGAUCGAAGCACAAAUCUAUCUGCUGCCUCUUCCAACUCAACAAACACAACAAGUGUUGGAGGAGACUCGCCACCGCCGUUCAAAAAGUCUUCGGCAGCACUGCGCGAUCAAAUUGCCAGGGCGAAAGCAGCUAAGCGCUCUGCAGCAACUCAGAAAGCCCCAGUGGCAGACGAGCCGGGUCAGACAGCUACUUGGGGCGAGUCACCCGUAGUUCCCACAGAUGAUACGUUCGACUUUGGCUUGUCAGAUGACCCGUUCAACCUGAACCGUGAUGCCAACUCAACCUCGAAGAUUGUCAAGUCACGUGUGACAACUGCCAGGACAAGCGGGAGGCUUAAUAUUGCGGCCUUGAGCUUGAAAGAGAUCCCGAAAGAGGUACUGGACAUGUACAGCUUGGAGUCCAUUGGCAAGCACGACGGCAGCUGGGCGGAGAGCGUAGACUUGACGAGGUUUGUUGCAGCCGACAAUGAGUUGGAGAUGAUAGACGAGAGCGUAUUUCCAGACAUUGACCCUGAAGAACUGGCCGAAGACGAGGACGCUCAAGGCAGUAUUUUUGCUGGGCUUGAAACGCUUGAUUUGCACGGAAAUAUGCUGAUUGCGCUACCUGCUGGACUGCGGCGUCUCACUUUGCUGACGUCGCUGAAUCUGUCUUCCAACCGCCUUGCCAACAACUGUCUCGAGCCGAUUUCUCAGAUUAUAUCACUGCGAGACGUCAAGCUUGGCGGAAAUCUGUUUUGGGGCACACUUGAACCCUGCUUCGGUCAGCUCAUCAAUCUCGAGAUCCUCGACCUACAUGGGAACAGCCUGCAAUCCCUGCCGCCUAGAUUUACCGAGCUGCACCGUCUCCGCAUAUUGAACGUCAGCGAGAACAGCUUUGAGUCCUUGCCAUUCGACGUCCUGUCGAAAUUGCCCCUGACUGAGCUGAAUGCACGCAAGAACAAGCUGACGGGGACCCUGAUUGAUGAGAGCGUGGAGGUACUCCCAGCUUUGCAAAAUCUUGAUGUGUCUUCUAACCAGCUCACGAGUCUUGCUCGCCCCAAUGCAGUUCUUGCCAUGCCCGCGCUGACACACCUUUGUGUGUCGAUGAAUCGGCUGCAGGCAUUGCCAGACGUCACCUCCUGGUUUGAGCUCAUCAACUUGGCCGCUGAUGAGAACAACAUCAAAGCCUUCCCAGAUGGAUUUACAAGCCUGCAGAAGCUGAGAGGUGCGGAUUUCUCGAGCAACGAUAUUAGAACUGUCCCGGCCGAGAUUGCUCGCAUGACCAAUCUGAAUAUGCUGAGGUUGAGCGGAAAUCCCCUCAGAGACAAGAAGUUUGUAUCAGCCACCAUUGAGGAACUCAAGGAUGCGCUUGCAGCGCGGAUGGCACCGCCCCCGACAGCCUCUGAUGAUUAUGACGGCAGCAAUGGACCCAUUGCGGAGGCUCUGACGAGCAAUGAAGUUAGUCCCUUGGACAAUGCCUUUGACGACGCUCAUUCGUCAUCUUCUAACGCAGUCCGCAUCCACGGAGAGCACGACGAAGAAAGCAGGACCGACACCGAUGACUUUGCGACUCCGCCGACAUCUGUACCCACCUCCCCGAUACGAACGCGCUCCGCGCAGAGUUCUGCUCUCGUCUGGCCUGUGAGAGCUGGCGGGGUGCUGGAUAGGUCGAACACACAAUCAUCGUCUCUUCACCCUGUCGCCUGCUCCAAUUUGGCCAUGGAAAAUACUAUUCGCGAGAUACAGCUGCACCACAACCUUUUUACUGCCCUACCGGAAUCGCUCAGCUUUUUUGUCGAUUCACUGACUACUCUCUCACUGGCCCACAACCAACUUGUCGGCGAAAGCUAUCUCAAUGUAGGCGAGGGUCUCGAUCUGCCAUCUCUCAAGGAGCUCAAUCUGUCGUCAAACCACAUAACUGGCUUGACGCCCCUUGUCAAUCGACUACAAGCGCCCAGACUUGAGAAACUUGACGUCAGCAUUAACCGACUUGCGUCGUUGCCCUCCAGCAGCGACAAGGAGAAGGGCGGUAAACUCCUGCGGGACGUCUUUCCGAACCUGACGGUACUCCUCAUUGCGAACAAUCAUAUCGCGGAUCUGGACCCGGAGAGCAUCCGCGGCAUGAAAGUCGUAGACGCUUCGAACAACGACAUCGCGCAUCUGAACCCCCGGAUCGGACUGCUUGGUGGCGCUGGAGGUCUCGAGCAGCUGAUAGUCACUGGCAACCGCUUCAGGGUCCCCAGAUGGAACGUGCUCGAACGAGGUACAGAGGCGACGUUGAGAUUCUUGAGGGGCCGCGUUCCUGUGGCAGAUAUGGCCGCGUGGAGGGCCGAGAAGGGGAUUGUGGCAGAGGAGGAUGUUAGCGAUGUGGACUGA